AUGUUUCAACUUACCGAUGUAACUUGGAAAUCUCUUUUGACUCGAGGUGACAUUUCAUCUAAUCGACAUGAAUUAAAAAAUCACAACUUACAGGUGAAACUUGGAAGUUUGUCUUCACUCGAGCUGACAUUUCGUCAUAUCGACAUGGUCCGCUAUAAAUACGAGCUGAAGCAGUUGAGAGAAAUGCCAAAUUUUACUUUGAGAGUUGAAAACUUACUACUGAAGAAUGUCUUUGGUCGAGCUUUAAAUACUUUUUCAUUAAUUGGAUUGUCACAAUUUAGCUAUCAAUGGAACGUGUCAAGUCUGAUAAGAUUGUGGGUUUACCCUUUAAUCUAA